AUGGUGAGCACCCGCGUGCAGCGUCGGCGCGUGGUGGUGUGUGCGAUUGGGGAUGGCGCAGUGGCCACGGUCGAGAAGGGCAGUAUGUGUGCGACUGGGGAUGGCGCGACGGAGUAUUCGCAUGAGGACAACGCCAUGACGGCUGAGGCGGUGUCCUUUAGGAGUGACAGUACGGUUGACGCGGGCGGCUGCACCAGCGUGCUGAGCAAGGAUGAAGUGAUAGCGGCCGUCAACUGGCAACUUGAAGAAUGGCAGAAGACGCACGGCGAGGGCGACAGUGGCGAUUCUGUGCCGCGAGCAAGAAGACGAGGCGGCGACGAUGGCGCUCCGCGGUGCCUGGAAGAGGCCAUGUCGUUGGAGCUGGGCAAUAUCGACAGAGAACCGGCCCGAGUGCUGCUCGUGAGGAUGAAGGACGAGGAGAACGCGCGUGUAAGGGCUUAUGAGACGGCACAAUGGGAACAGAAGCGACAGAAACGCGUCAAUCACACCAAGGCACGCCUGGCGAGGCGAGCCGAACGUGAAAGGCUGGCGGCGGAGAUGGCCGGAGGCGAUGUUGCAGAGGUGGUGACGUCGGCGCGUGUACCCAAGCGCGAGACGAACCACGGUAUUGUGGCUGAGUGCGAUGUGGCGAUGCCCGGACCAACGGACGAGUUCCGACGUAUUUUGCGAUGGAGCGCAGUGGCAGCACGGGCGUUAAACGAGGUGAGGGCCGGUGAGAAGGCGUUGAAGGGCGGUUAUGCGAGCCUUGCAGUAGCGGAAGCUCGACGACAAGAGGAACUGGCCGCGGGUGGCGUGGUCGGAGAAAGCGAAGUUCGAGAGGGUGUAGCUCGGCAGCUGGUGCUGGCUGCUGCUGGGCUUGACGCCAUUGAAGAAAGCGAGUGGACGGUGGAACAAGGAACGCGGCUGCAACGUUCCAGGACGCGACGGAGGUACGAAAAACGAGUACGAAAGGCGCUUGCGAAAGAGAAGCGUGAGCUGAGGGGCGUGCUGGCGAAGGAAAAGAGCCCCGAGCAGGCGUACUUUGCGUUCGUUGAGCUGUACAAGAGCUAG